CAUGGCUGCGUCCAUGGUGAGGACCUGCUGUUAUGUAUCGCGGCAUGGAUCCUGUAUUCCGCUCAGAAGAGCGACUUUUUGCCUCACACUCAGGUCUAAAUUUCACCGUUCUUCUACUGCUCUUAACGGACUCCUUCUUUCUCUACAUAAACGCGGUAUUCUAAAGGAAUCUUUCCCAGAAUCCGCAGCGCAGGACCAGCUCCCUCAGUUGCUCCAGUCCGGUGCUCAGACUUUAUAUUGCGGCUUUGACCCCACGGCGGACAGCCUGCAUGUGGGCAAUUUGCUCGCUAUCAUCGGCCUCCUGCACUUCCGAAACGCCGGCCAUCAUGUCCUCGCCGUGCUCGGAGGGGCCACGGCCCAAAUCGGAGACCCGAGCGGGAAGACGGGCGAGAGGCAGCGUUUGUCCGCGGACGUCGUGGAGGUGAACACCCGCAGCAUCCGGGAGAGCAUCCAGAGGAUUUUCACCAACCACGAACUGCACUUUCACGACGGCUCCAGGAAGCUGGGCACCGUGACUGUGCUGAACAACCAGAGCUGGUACAAGGACUGCAGCUUGGUUGGGUUUCUGUCGGAGGCUGGAAGGCACUUCAGGAUGGGCACCAUGCUCAGCCGCCACAGCGUGCAGUCCAGGCUGAAGAGCGCAGACGGUAUGAGCCUGACAGAGUUCACCUACCAGGUGUUCCAAGCGUAUGACUUCUACCAUCUGAACCAAAUAUACGGCUGCAAGAUUCAGCUCGGGGGCUCCGACCAGCUGGGCAAUUUGAUGUCUGGCCAUGAGUUCAUUCACAAAGUGAGUGGUGAGGAGGUGUACGGCCUGACCAUCCCGCUGGUGACCAGCUCUGUCGGGGACAAGCUGGGGAAGACGGCUGGCAACGCAGUGUGGCUCAACAGGGACAAGACAUCUCCCUUUGAACUCUACCAGUUCUUUCUCAGGCAGCCCGACGACAGUGUGGAACGGUACCUGAAGCUGUUCACCUUCCUGCCUCUGGCAGAGGUGGAGAAGCUGAUGGAGCAGCAGCGAGAGGAUCCAGGUAAACGCCUCGCACACAAACGGCUGGCCGCAGAGGUGACGAAACUGGUGCAUGGAAAGGAGGGACUGGAGAGCGCAAAGAGAUGUAGCAACGCGCUGUACCACAGCAGCGUGCAGUCCUUGGAGGAAAUGAGUGAUGAGGAGCUUCAGGAGCUCUUCAGGGAGGCUCCCUUCCAUGAGCUGCUGCUGGAGCCGGGAACCACUGUGAUAGACGCCUGCCGCAGGGUCAACGCCAUCCCAGAGGGGCCCAAAGGGUAUCGAAUGGUUUUGGAGGGAGCUCUGUGGAUCAACCACAAGCGGACAGACAAACCAGAGCAGGUACUGGUCCCCAAACUCCAUAUCCUGUCAAAUGGACUUACCUUGCUCAGAGUGGGCAAGAGGAACUUCUACAUCAUCAAGUGGCUCAGCCUCUGAGGCUUUCUGCUCUUUGCAUGGGACCAGUUUGACCAAUGACUGACUGGGAAGGUAGGCGACCACACUUCUGCAGGGUCAGUGAGGAGAUGUGGAUGGACUGAUAUUUGGAACAUACUGAGUUUUUGGUGUAGCCUGAACCAUUAGCAAUUCCCUGUGGUUAUCUUAUAAAUGUGUAUAUGCACAGAUGUGACAUUUAUUUAAAGCUAUGGUAUUAAAAAGCAUUUGAUAUCAAGAUUGUUGCCUGCUCACUUUCUACUGACAUAGAGAUCUUGCAAAGGAAACACUAGGGGGCAGUAUUGACCCAGUCAUGAUGGUGGUGCUGCAGGCCCACAGCUGCACCACAUACCCUGCUGUGACCCCUUAGGUAAAUAAUUGCUCACAUUAAAAUUAAAUUGCAACAUUUCUCGCAAACAGGUUAUGGUUCUAUUUUAAGCAAAUCGUGUUUCUUUCAAUUUGGUGUGGACGUGAGGCCAGCAGCUGGCUUAAUGUGGCUGUUUUUGCCUUCUUACUGGUGGAAGGUGUAAACUGUACCAGAGAGAAAAGAACAAGGUUUUAGAUAAACUGCAGAAUGGACUAACCUUGCUUGUAGGUUAUUUUAAGAUACCAUAAAUUUUAUAUUUUCAUUAGUAGAUUGUUUUUUCAAGAUUGGCAUUAGAUUUUCCCUUCGAGAGCAAAGUUUGCACUGUGGUGUAAAUAAUAAUUUCUAAGUUUGAACA